AUGUUUCGCAGCUGCCUCCCUCCAGAUGUUCUCGAGCUAUCUUUCCGUGUAGCUUCUUCAUCAUCGCAAGCCACCAGAUCAUGCAGGACCUCCGUAUCCCCCGCGUUUGCUCGCGCGUUGCAUCAAGUCGCAUUGGCUGAACCGAAAGCUGCAUAUGACCCGACCGACGCACCAUCGCGACACGGACGUACGCGGAAAAGGCAGCUUACCCCUGCCGUUCGCUCCAGUCAAGCCACAGGUAUCGCCAAGCGCAAAGUGCCAUCUGGUCCCAAUGCUUUGGCGUCGCUCGCGAAGAAGGUACUGGCAUUAGAGCGCAUCACUCUAGCUGAGCCAGAGAAAGCGUCAGAACCUUCGCUCACCUACUCCGACACCGAGCUUCUGUCGCUCUACGAAGACCUCCUUGGCAUACAAGCCCAGGAUUCUCUGCCAGCCGACACUCAGGCUGCCCCCCUCAGCAAACCAGUGUUGUCACAACAAGAACAGGACCACAAUGCCGUCUUGGCCGUUCGAGAUCGUCUGGCCGCAUCCGCACCCACCGUCGAUACCUCCCACUCAUUAUCGACCCGCCUCAUGCAGCAACGUGGCACGGAGUGGAUGCAAGCUUCGCAUGACCAGGAGACAUCGGUGCAAUCUGGUCAAGGGACCCUCCACCGCGAGGUCAUUGGACAUAUCGGUCGUGCUAUAAGUGUCAUGGAUGCUACGCGUGCUGCUGUUGCUCCGGAAGAAGGACAUGAGCGAGUGAGGGUCGUUCUAGUUUCGAAAGAUGAGUGGAUGUCGCUGCUGAACCACUGUGUACGUAAUGGCGACCUAUUGGCCGGAGAAGAUGUAUUGGGUUUGAUGAAGCGCUCUGGCUUUUACCCUGCGGAAGACUUUCAGAACGUGGUGCUCGACGUAUACUCGCGAAAUGGAGAUGUAGACAACUUUGAGCGUGCAUUAGCCACCAUAUCGGGUACGCUUGCUAUUUCGUCUGUCAUCUUGGUCUUAGCUCACGACAGCAUCAUCACCCCAGAGUCCCCCACGGAGACCCAACGCGACCUCCACGUCCGAGCCUACCUCGUUCGCGACACCCUCGCCGAGCAAGCACCCAACGCCCCACAAGCCCCUUCCGAACUAGAUCGGUGCAAGCCCGCUCUCGACAUUCUCCACAAAUACGAAGAAUCAGCGAAACCCGCACCCAUGCGUUCCUAUUCUCGCGUCAUCUCCCAACUCGCAUUCGGCGCUUCCCCGUUCACACUCACCAUCCCCACCCCCGGCGGCAGCAGCGGCGGCUUGCAAAAGAAACGCAUCGUCCCCGAGCGCAAGAGCACAUCCCUAUCACGCGCGCACGCAUGGGACCUCUUCGCGCACAUGCGCUACGUCGCGCACCCGACGCCGGACGUGUACAUGUACGCAGACAUGAUGCGCUGCGCGCCGUCGCCCGAGAUGGCGCUCGACCUGUGGACCGAGCUCGGCGAGCAGCUGCGCAAGCGCGCGAACCGCACGGAGCUCGGUGCGAGCGCGUUCGGCCUCCGGGACGCGGUGGCGAGGGGCAAGGUCACGGAGGCGGCGGCGCGGGAGGCGCACGUCCGUGCGGUAAGGAGGGCGUAUAAUGCGGUGAUAUCGACGUGUGCGCGGUCGGGCGAGGUGCAGUACGUGCAUGAGGCGUUCCGCCUCCUCCGGGAGAUGGUCGGCGGUGUUGCUGGUCAGUCGAGGGACCCUGCGUCGCUGUUCGGGAUGGUGGGCGGCACGGAGCGUGGAGGGGGCGUCGCCAUGCCGGAUAUAUACACGUUCCGCGCGCUCCUUGAGGCUGCGAGGCGCAUGGGCGAUCUCGAGAAGGCGCGGUGGAUUCUCGCGGAGAUCGUGCGCGGGCCGGGUGGCGCGCAGGGGACGGCGAUGGGCGACGAGGACGAGAUCAGGGUGGACGAGCAGCUGAUGGUCAAGGUGUUCCAUACGUACGCCGCCUAUCGUCCGCCGUUCAAGCGAAACAACACACGGCUCAUUGAAGAUGACGACGCUUCCUCGAUGAAGGCGGAGGGUCCGCAGCCGACAGAGCAAGAGACGACGGAGGCUCAAGUCGAUGCAGAAACGACUCCUACCACCGCACUCGAGUCCUUGGACGCCCAGCCAGGAGAAGAAGGACCCCACCCUACCGCUCUAGACAUCCCCGAGACCACACCAUCCUUCUCGCACCUCCCCCCUCAGACAUCCGCAGAAGUCAUCUCAGAGGCACGAGCCCUCUUCUCGCGCAUCCUCGAGGACACGCCCUUCGCCCCCUCCUCCCAAGGAGAACCCGGCGUCCGCGACCUCGGCGCAGACUACUCCCCCGUCCCGCGCAAGUUCGCCAGUGUGCAGCUGAGCGCGCCGCUCCUGAACGCGUACAUGGCCGUGUUCUACCAGCACGCGAACGUGCACGUCGCGCAGGACACGUUCCGCGCGCUGUGGGGCGAGCCCGCGGCGCAUGCGUCGUCCCGGCAGGGGCUGAGAGUGUCCCGGGACGCGUACACGUACCUCGACGCGCUCGAGUGGGCGGCGAACAUGCGCCGGUCGAAGCGCGAGGAGCGCAGAGCUGCGUGUGCGUUUGCGGAGAAGCUGUGGGAGGGGUGGAGGGAGAUGGAGGCUUCGAAUGUGGGCGGCGGCGGUGCGGGCGUUGGUAAGGGCAAGUGCUCGGCGCGGGUGGUGGAGAAGGUGUACGCGGCCCUGAUUCGCGUUCUCGCUCUGAACAACGAACUUGACACCGCCGUAUCCAUCCUCCGGACCUUCGUCGCAAGAUACCCCGCCUCAAACGUCCGCCUGCCCCGCGGCAUUCCCAUUUCCGCCUCCCCAUCAUCAUCCACCUUCCCCUCUCCCUCCCCCUCCACGCCCACCAUCAUGGUCAAACCCCCAAUGCUCAGCACCCGCACGUCCCUCACCGCCGCGCAGCGCCCACUCGUGCGGAUGAGCACGCCGUCGACGAUCGGCGACGACACCGUCCCGCCGCUGCUCACGUUCCGCGACCUCGAGCUGCUGCACCACCGCCUCAUGGCGGCCGGGCGCCGCGCGGACGUGCGCUACGUGACGGGUGUGACAAAGACGUACGAGGGCGCGCUGAAGAGGCGCAGGGACGCGUGGAUGAAGGCGGAGCCGGAGAGGGCUUCCGUGGGUCGUGGUCAAGAAGAGGUGGAGGCGGAGGCAGAGGUGAAUGAGAGCGGCGAGAGGGAGGAUGUCGAGUUGUGAUGCGGAAUUGCGCCCAUUUGAUUCAGCGACACUUUUACGAACGUCAAAAGCGAUGAUGUUCUUGUCAGAAGGCAAGUCAAGGUGAAUUAACCUGCUUGCCAAUGGACGAUGCGGUACAUUGUUUACGAGUAUAAUGACAAAGCACUGGUACAAGGGUGAACUUUUCAUCUUUCAGGGGUCGAAUCGACACCAACGUCGUCCUCGACACCGACAUUCUCGACAUAUCUUUCGAUGUUCUCAUCCGCUGUUCCCUCCCAACUCAUAGUCUCCCUCUGCCAUGUCUUCCAACUGGGCAUCGUACGUUGAAACGCCAUCAAUGUCUGAACCAGGUCAGGGCCAAGCGGCGCGAUGAGAAACUGAGAACCAGAGGGAGGCGCAUCCGCGGACGACGACGCUCGCGCGUUCAUAGGCUGUACCGACUCCUGAGCGCCACUUAGUGGGCGUACGCUACCCCAGAAAGGAUCGGGCCUCGGCGCUGUGCGGUUGAAAGUGAACGGCUCUUCGUCUCCCUUGCUCACCACACAUUUGUCGACCAUUCACUUUUGCCACUCAUAUGUUAUCUCCACGCCGGGCGUGGGUUGGUAGAAAUUCCUUCCGCGGACAGAACAUUCGUGGACGAGGAGUAGGAGCGGAAGCGGCGAGCGCUUGUCUUCUGAAUCAAGAGCGACGGCCUUGCCAUGGAGCUGUUGAAGAGAUGAAGAUGUGUCGUAGCUGUCGUAGUAGACAAAGAUAUACUUCUGGACUCUGGGCUCAAAGCGAAUGCAAACUGCGCAGAGUCGACGAAUGGCUUGUAGUGAUUUAAACACAAUGUUAAACCAUUGCGGGGUUCGUGCGCUGGCGAUGCUUUGACGCUCUCUGGAAUCCACCCCAAGCGUCUGAGCAACGCCCACGUCAUAUCGUCCGAACGAGCAACAAUGUGACAAUGCUUGCAGCGUUACUGUAUCCGUUUGCCCACAGAUCACACACAUUUGGCGCCCCAGGAACUUGUCUCGGUCAUCCAGGGCCUCUUAAAACGCUGUCGUGGAAGAGCGCUCCGACCCUGUCUCGACAGAGCGAAAAAGCU